UUAUUGAACGAGCGACUUUAUCGUUCACCUGCAUCACUUUCCACGUGUUUGUGCACAAGCGCGUGCGGCUGCAGCGGCGUCCGUGUGACAAACGACGGGCGUCACGCUCCCCGUGUCUGUCAUUACUCUCUCAUUAUUCUUCAUUCGUGUUUAUUACACGUGCAUGUUUAAAACGUUUGUCAGCGCCGCGUGGACGUCUGUGUGGCCGUUGUGUCGCCGUACAGCGGUGUUCUGCUGAUGCUUCACUGCUGCAGUGUGAGUUUGCAGAUCCACGCCAGUCCCCUGGGAGUCAACUCAACUGCUGGGCCAUUGACAGACAGACACACACACACACACACACACACACACACACACACACACACACACACACACACACGGUUUUUACAUGAACCCACAUUUGAUUUUUCACGGGCGCCAAACAAAGCAGCCGCAGCUUUAAUAGCAACUUUUCGGUGCCUGCACAUCAGGGAUCGCACUGAGAUGAUACAGCAUCUGCACAAACAGACCGAGCUGUCUCUGCUGAGCUAAAGGGUUGUCUGCUUUGAGAAGAGGACCAGCUCUGAGGCGCACAUACAGCACCUAUUGAUUAGCCAAACCUGGGGUGAGCGGGUUUACUCUGUGCCUUAAAGGAGCAGGGAGAAUUGUGUGUAGUUGAAAUCACACCAGGUUUCACAUUAAGCAGCAGAGGGAAGACAGGUGUGAUCACAUUUUCAGCUUGUACAGUAACCUUCACAUAUGUGUAGAAAAACACAAGCUGUUUACGCAGUUAAUUUAAUUUUUGAUGGAGGUGAGACUUUUUCUUCUUCAUUAAUGUGAUACAUGGAAUUAUCAAAUAAGUAAAACUGACACAACCCCUUUAAUGAAAGAUAUUUUGAGUCACAGGGAAGCUUCGUGUUGUGACCUUGUCCUUGAAGGGAUGAAUUGAGAAACCGAGGCAGACAGCGGCAGAAAUGGAAAAUAGCCGGAUCGAUGCAGAGGAAAUGUCAGAAAAAAGUGAAACUGAUCUCUGGGGAAUUAAUAUGCAGCCAGAAUGCAUGUAUGCAGUAAACAUGUGGAUGUGGAUGUCGUGUCUCUUUUGUGUAGUCGUAUAUUUAGUGCUUUCAGUGAAUGUAGCAGUAGAAAUGCUGAGAAGGGAGCCAAAGAACGAUAUGAUGCACUGCUUGAUGACAGACAUUGAUGGGAGGUGAGGAAAGGAGUGGAACUUGAUGAGAAAACACAGUCACCUUGGGAGGGACACAUGGACAAAUGGCUGUCCUGGCAAACUGAGGGAUGACUCAGCUGGAACACAAUUAAGGCCCUGGAUUGUCUUUUUUGCUUUGAAUCUGUUUAUACAUCUACAUUAAAUUAUUGUAGUAUAUCACUGUGAACACUGUUCUGAUCACUAUCAAAUAGAGUAAAACUAAAGUCUUUCAAUGUAGUGACCAAAAGCAACAGACGUGGUUGUAGAAAUGCGAUGAUUGAGGUUUCCAAAACCGAGCUCAGUUGUGACAGGGCGCCACCUAGUGGUCGCAUGGCGGCCCAGUGUCAGUUCCAGGCGUCUCCACUGGGGGGCAGCACAUUCCCGCAGCAAAACAGCCACAAGGGUUUACUUCCGGUGUCAGCUGCUGUCUGACAGACGAGGGAAGGUUCAAACACGGUACAACCGGAUUCUUCAGGGAACGGAGGAGCAAUGUAUCAUCACAUUUCUUUAUUAGACAGAUGGAUUCAGGAAAACAACGAGUUUGUAAACAAAUGGCAGCAGCAACAAAGAGAAGGAGACUCCUCAAACCCAGGCCUAAACCAGACCAGUCUGAGGUGGUGUUCUUCUAAGUUCACCAAGCUCUUAAUAAAGAUUCAAGGCAUUUCCCCUCUUCCAGAGCAUGCUCAGUUGGAGCUGUCAGUCGUGUACAAUAGCUGUGUCUGUGCUACUGCUCAGUCUCAGUUCACAGAAGCUGAGCUGCUCCUCAGGCGAUCCACAGAGAGAGUUCUACAGAUGACAGAUGAUGAACCUCCUUCUUUAGAUCCUCUUGUGUUUUGGAGAACAGUUCUCAAAUCAGUGAAAAGCAAGACUUUCAGUUCCUGCAUACUGCACUUACUUUGCCUGCAGUGGGCAAUAUGGCUGGCCUCCUGCCAGCUCAAAAUGAUUGAGGCAUUUCAGGAGGAUUUGCGCUCUCUGUAUGAGACACUGUGUGGUGGACAUGGAGAUGGCAGGAAAAUCGAGCACAAGGGAAAGGCCUCUGACAAUAUACUGUUGUUGGCAGAUCCUAGACAGCUUGUCCAACUGUUGCAGGUGUGCACUUUAAUUGCCAAAGGUGCAGAAAUGCUGAGUGAGGGUCAGAGUUCAGAGGCCUUAUCAUGUCUGCAGACAGCUUCGUCCCUGUCAGCUCCUAGAACUUUAAUAGCAUACACUCACCACCUCUCAGGCUGCUGUCUAGCCCAUAUGAGCCGCCCUCAGAUGGCAUUGCAGUGUUACAGAAAGGCACUAGAGACUGACGCUCGAUGUGUGUGUGCUCUGUAUCAGAGCAUGCUCAUUUACAGACAGCUGGAAAACACACAGGCUGAGAUACAGGCUCUUCACCUGCUCUACUCUACUCUGAUGUUGCCCCCUGUCACAGAGCUUGCUCUGCCCAGUGCCUUUCUCCUCUCUCCAUCAUUACUGCUCGGCAGCCAGUCACUGAACAGCCUGCUUUCCGUUCCUACUGCCCUCUCUGUCCUUCACAAUCUGGCCCAGAAAUGUGUACUCCACGGGAGGCUGUCAGAAGGAGUGGAACAUUACCUAGACCUGCUUGCUAUUCUUCACUCAGAAGAACAACAGGGAUGUGUUGCUACGUCUCAGGUGCCAGCUGAUGUCCCUCACCUUCCCAAGGUGCCUGAGCUGUACCUUGAGGCUGCCGCUGCCUUGCUCAUGUCCCGGCGUCCUGCAGAUUGCAUGGUGCUGUGUGAGGAAGUCAUUAGCACCACACAAGAUGUUCUGCCGGAGAAGUGGGUGCUGGAAAUAGAGGAGCAGAAUGAGUCUGUGACCAGGGAUGUGAAUGACAGGAUGGCAGUGCUGCUCUGGACUGGCACUGCCUCUCUCCUACAGGGUCAUUGCUACACUCACCUGAAAGACUGGAAGCAGGCUGUGAUCCACUACACAAGGUGUAUUAACCUGCUGGUGAGGGUGUGCCUGAAAAGAGAAGGCUUCCAGUCACAGAUGACCAGUAGUGAUGCGGUUGUUAAGAAGGGAACGCGUCUGUGUAUUCUCCAGAAACUGAAGGGGCUUUCAUUAGCUGGCAGAGGUAUUAGCUUCACCCAGACAGACCAACUUAAAGAGGCACUGAGGGACCUCCAGCUCAGCCUGCAGGCUUCCCCAGAGGGUGUAGGUGCAGGUCUGUGGCUCGGUGAAGUGUUGUGGAGGCUUGGAAGGACACAGGAGGCGGCAGCUUGUUGGGAAAAGGCCUGGAGCGUCAACAAACAAUCAUCAGCAGAGGGUCUUCCUUUGUACCUACAGGAACCUCAGUCUGGCCCUUUAUUGGACUCAGUGGAGCUGCAGCACAGAAUACAAGAACUUACUCCUACCUAACUGACCUGUCUAUGAUUGAAUGCUGUCACCUUUCACUGCAUGGUAAACUCAAAUUUGUACCAUAACAAACAAACUGGGAUUAAAGACUGUUACAGACUUAA